AUGGAGAGCUCUGCCACCGCUGCCAUUGUUGGUAGUAGUCCAGAGGCAACGAGCCGUGGUUUGUCAAGUAUUGGGAAUGAGCUAAAGCUGCAAUCCGAGGCGAUAUCGGCGCUUACUGAUAAGUUGAAAGAACUGGAGUCUAUAUUGCCAGAGAAUGACGAUACCGUAUCACAAACAAUUAACACCUUGACAUUCACGGUCAAAAAUCUGGCCCACAACCAAAGAGCCCUAGAGACAAAAUUAGAUGAUUUGCUGAAAAAUCAAAUCAAUACAGAUGUUGCAAUAAAUGAAAUCUCUGGAAGAUUGGAGAGUCUAAUGGGCAUCUUCAACAAUAACGGUUCUAAUCUUGGACUGGUUGUCAAUCAUCAGGCAUCAUCUUCAUCGAUGUCGGGUCAUCAAAGUGUUCCAUCCACAUCAAGAGGCCCUGGUAGACCUAAAAAGAACCAAACAUUUGUCACUACAAAUUUACCGAAUGGAGCUUCGUAUUCUAGAAUUCAGUUACCUAUGAACAAUAUCAACAUUCCAAAGAGUAGGCGACACUUUACAGACCCAAACCAGGCAUCUUUGAAAAAGGAGGCCAGUUCUACACAGUUGGCAGUGCAGGAACCUACCCCUCAACCACCAAGGAGGAGAGGUAGGCCCCCAAAAAAUAGAAAGAACAUUGCUAGCGCUGCCGCUAACAUGGCUAACGUCAGUACGGCGGUAGUAACCAAUAAUAAUAGUAAUAAUAGUAACGGCGGUAGUUCCUUGAAAAGAGACGGGUCAGAUUUAGAUCAAGAAAUCGAGGAAGCUUCCAAGAGGUUAGAACACCAAGAGCCUUCUACGAGAGGUCGUAGAUCUUCUGCAUUAUCUUCAGCUUCAGCUAAUUCGAUAAGAGAAAAUAAAAGAAGGUCCACAAGGGCCAGACGUCAAAAGAAUUUUUAUGAUGAAGAAUCUGAGGAGUCGGAGAAUAUUAGCAAUAGUGAAGGAGAUUCUCAUGAAUCAGAUGAUGAUAAAGAUGAAAGCGAACACAGUCAUGAUGAUGCUCUGUAUGAAGAAGUUUCAGGCAAAAGAGCCUAUCACAGAGCUCACAAAAUUAAAGAUAAGGAAAAAGUCAAAACUGAGGAAGAGGACGACGACGACAUUUCAGAAAGUCCUGGUGCGGUAAGUAAGACAAGAAGGCAGAUUGAACUGGAACGUAGACGUGAUCCUCGUGAAAAAAUGCUGGUAUCUAUGAAAUACAGCGAUCGUGAGAAAGCCAAAUCGUUUAUGGAAUCAAACAAGGAUUUACUGAAAGCUAUGAAAGAAGAAGAAAGGAAGAAACGAAUGACUGCUAUAAAUUAUGAACCCAUAUUUAAUAAUUCGUUGCAACAGACGAUACGUCAAGUCCAAAAUAGUGCUGCUGGUAUACCACCCCCAUUAUCAUCAUCUACCCAGAUACCAUUACCACAAAGUUCUGAUUCAAAUAGAACUAUCACUGCAGAUGCUAGUACUCUUUCUAUUCCAAAUUCGGAACCACGCAGGAUGGGUAUUCUAUCUAUGCUAAAUUCUCACGAGCCUUCUUUGAACCACUCCACCAAUGGUCAGCAGGCAGAUGCUCCUAGCGGUCUAGCUACUUCAACCACACCAGUGAAAUCUCCAUCAGCCAAUAAAAGGGGUAUGACUGAAACAGACUCUCUUAUUAAUACUCCUAUAAAACGAUCCAAGAAUUCUCCUUCUAGUAGCACAACUAGCACCACAGCCGCACCUUCUGCUCCCGCGUCAGGAUACACGGCUAGUUAUACAACGAUGACUACCACGAUGACACCAUCUUCGGACAUAAACAAGAAUAAUACACAGGUAUCUGUUCGGGGACGGCCUUCUAACGCAACAAACGGAUCUGACAAUUCUGCAGCGUUGUUAAUGGCUUCGCCAAUAGAACUGGUCUGUAAAGAUGGAUAUUUUUAUCGUCGCAAUGAUUUAACCACAGCAAUAACAACUGGUAAUUAUUUAGGAAUGAAAUUCAAGAAUAAAGAAGAGGAACUAAUUAAGAUGACGAUGCAUGAGGAAGACUAUGCAGAAUUAACUAGGCAGGAUCGCAUCAAUGCAUAUUUCAUGAAGCCGGACAUUGAUGUUGAAACUGAGUAUGCAUGCCAAGUCCUAUCCAAUGUUACUCUGACUGAAAAAUAUGUCAACAGUUUGGAGUAUUUUUUGAUGGAAUUUCGCUGGGAAAACCGAUUGGUGAGCCUUGGUUUGAAAUUGCGCGAGUCUAAAAGAACUUGGCAAAGGCGCAAGGCCUUAUUUGCAUUAUUUGAAUUCUGGAGGGAUAAAUCUAGGGAAAAAAGAGGAUUUCCAAAUUUUACCAUUUUGCACGCAGUUAAGGAAAUGGAAAACUACAGAGUUUUUAUUAAUAGAUCAGUAUCGUGGUUUUAUAACCAUAUCACUUUGUUGAAAAUGAUAUUAUUUGAUCUUUGCGACAACACGGACACCCAAUGGCGGGAGUGGAUGUUUCCAAAGGGUUGUUCUAUACCCGCAGAAAAUGGUGACGUUAGUGGUAUCACUAAAUAUAACAUCAACCAAUUUAUUGAUAGUAUGUUAACCCUAGACUUCUUGGAAGAUGGUACCGAAAACCUACAUACGAAGAGUUCAGCCGCUUGA